AUGUGCCCCCCGGUCAGCACGCGCUACGCUGGAGAAGGCCUGUCCCACCUCUACGCGUCCUGGCUGUAUCAGCUUCAGCAUGGGGACCAGCUGAGGACCUGCUUUGCCUGCUUCAAGGCUGCCUUCCUGGACCUGAAAGACGCGCUGGAGCUGGAGGACUGGGACGAGGACGCCUGGGACGCGGAGCCCAUGGACCUCACUGAGGCAGAGCCUGAGCAGGAGGGGGCGCCAGGGGCGGGGCCGAGCUGGGGGCAGGGCCAAGGGCAGCCUGGGCAGGGGAGCUCCGCGGGCUGGGUGGCCGAGGCCCUGGCAUCCGCCCCGGCAGCCUCAGAAGCGGUGAGCCUGAACCACCACUUUGUCCCCACCGAGCUGGAUCCCCAGGACGCAGUGUCCCUGUGCCUGGGUCCUGAGGACUCUGACUGGACCCAGGUCCUUCCCUGGAGGUUCGAGGACAUUCCCUCCUGCUCACACUGGCCCAGCCUCCCUCCUCCAUGGCAGGGUGUUCUCAACGUGGACUUGCCCCCAGGGGAGCCCAUGUUGUUGGAGCUGGGCACCAUCUGGCCCAUGGACUCUGCCAGGCUUGAGGCCUGGUUACUGGACCUGCAGGUCGUCUCCCUGGUGGGCCGCUAUGAUGCGGUCUAUCUCCGAAAGAUGACGGCGGGCUGGGUCCUGAGGGCCCCGGGCCUGCGCUGGAAGCUCCUGCUGGAGCCUGACGAGGUGUGGGUGGUGAGACUCCAGGAUGCCCCCGAGGAGCAGGAGCUGCACCAGUGGAAGCUGAGCAUUCUAGAAACCUCAGCAGGGAGUAAUGCCGAGCUGGUCCCUGCACACAAGGCUCUGCUGAUGAGGGGCCUCACCAUUGUCUCUUACGCUCCCUGGGCCAGAAGGGAGGCAGAGAGGCAGAACUCCCUCCCAAGUUUCGAAUUCGCCACCCCAUUUCAGGCUCCCUGUGCCAUUGGAACCUGGAGCAGCGUUCCCCGGAGUUCUGGGGAGAGUAUGCCUGACAUGGGCGCCGCAGCCCUGGGGGAGGUGCCCUGUUUCCUACCUUUCAGCCCCAAGCCCUAG